UCUGAUACCGUAUGAUGAUGAUGAUACGAUGCAGUCGGCUGGUGAGAAAUCUGUCGGAGGACUAACGAAGCAGAACCCUUCAGACAAACCAAUGCCUCACGUGGUACAAAUUGAUGGCAAAAAGUUUCUACAAACACUGCCCAGUACUUCAUCACUGUCUGCCACAGAAAUACAGAGUAUGUUGAGUAAGGAAAUAAUAAAGUCCUGAUAACGAUGGGGAAGACUGACAAGUUGGUGUCUUUGCAAAAUAAUCAAAGUGUGGUGAGGUUGACUAAAACACUUGGACUGCAGGCAACUCAAUCGCCUACAAACAGCAUUCAACCUCCAUCAUCUUCUCUUAAUUUACCAAGUGAUGUGUCCAAGUUAACAACGACUGUAACACUGAAGGAAGCUCCAUCAAUAUCAAUCUCGAAUCUUGCUGAAAAGUCAGUGAGUCAACCAACUUCUGUACAGAAAGUGACACCACCGGAAAAAGUUUCACCAUUCAAAGUAGUUGUUGUCUCAAAUCAUGCAGAAAAAACGUCAGAAUCAACCAAAAGCCAUGAAAAAUCACCGAAAGUGUCUAAAGGCAACCAAACUAACUUACCGAAAGUAACGAUUAAAACAAUUCCGAAAAAAGUUUCAGUCACUGAUUAUGCUGAAAAUACGUCAGAUCCAACAAAUACUCCGAAAGAAGUUUCUACACAUGAAGCAUUCAUCAUGAAUCAUCAUGAAAAUACGCCAGAUCCAACAAAUACUCCAAAAGAAGUUUCACCACUGGAAACAUCCAUCAUGAAUCAUCAUGAAAAUACGUCACAUCCAACAAAUACUCCGAAAGAAGUUUCUACACUUGAAGCAUCCAUCAUGAAUCAUCAUGAAAAUACGCCAGAUCCAACAAAUACUCCGAAAGAAGUUCCACCACUGGAAGCAUCCAUCACGACUCAUCCUGAAAAUACGACAGAACCAAUAAAAAGUCCCGAGGAAACUACACAGCAAGAGAAGACCGAAUUUGAAGUGAUUGAAGCUUUAAAGAACAAUCCGGAGUAUAUGUUAUCUUUCGGGUUAUCUUUUAGUAAUGAUUGGUAAUCAUUUAUCUCUAUAUCAAUUGUUGAUAUUAUUGAUAAGAAUUGAUUAUUAUGGAAAUCUUGUAAAAACUUGAAUAAUAUAUGUGUACUGACAGUAAUUCUAAAGCUGGAUUCAAUCAGAUUUAAAUCUGAAUCCAAUCAGCUGGAUUCAAUGUCGAAUGUUUUAAUUCAAGCUUGGAUAUAAAUAUCAAUUGUUGAUAUUAUUAAUAAGAAUUGAUAAUUGAUUAUUAUGGAAAUCUUGUAAAAACUUGAAUAUAAUAUGUGUAGGAGAUUUGUUGUAAAGAUGUCUAAUUAUGACUUGAAGAACAAGAUUUCCACACUAAUAAAUUGUCAAUUUUUAUCAAUAAAAUCAAGAAACAACAGUUGAUAUAAUCAGAUAAUUACAGUAGAUACAGUAAGUAGAUAAAUUCUGCUUUUACCUGGAUUUCCCACAAUAUCAGUACCAGUUGUAAUGUGACCGAUUAUUUGACAUGCAUUUUCACAGUCCAAAAGUACCCAUUGGUUAAAAAUUAAAAGUGUCGAAGACGGUGAAAAUUCAUGACAAGUAAAAUUGGACUGAAAAAUGUAGGCUAUGCCUCUUGGCAGACGGUUACGAGGACGGGACCUGGUACUAUCUACAGCAGAUAGCCGGCCCAGCUGCCAAGAGGCAUAGCCUACAUUUUUCAGUCCAAUUUUACUUGUCAUGAAUUUUCACCGUCUUCGACACUUUUAAUUUUUAACCAAUGGGUACUUUUGGACUGUGAAAAUGCAUGUCAAAUAAUCGGUCACAUUACAACUGGUACUGAUAUUGUGGGAAAUCCAGGUAAAAGCAGAAUUUAUCUACUUACUGUAUCUACUGUAAUUAUCUGAUUAUAUCAACUGUUGUUUCUUGAU